AUGGCGGAAUCUGGCGGAUUUCGCGAGAAACAAUGUUUUGAUAUAUUUACAGGAAUUUUGGGUCGUAAACUCGCAGUGAAACAUUGGAAAGAAAUAUAUUUAUGCAUCCUAGCUGUAGAUUGUGGUCUCAAAACCUCUUAUUUGGUAGACCAAUGCUGUUUAAAGCCAGCACAAAUGGAUAAACUCGUUACAAAUCUUCGCUGUGAAAAAUUUAUAUCUCGAGGUGACCUACAUACUGUUGUUAUUUACGGCGAUAUAUUUGUGCUACAGAGAGAGAAAAUGUUGAACUAUCUCAACUGCAUGUUAAACCAACGAUGCGUAUGUUUUGUUGAUAUUUCACAGAGCCUGAGCGAGCCUAAAAUCCUUAAUUCUGACGAAAUUUUUUGGACAUCAAUAAAAAGAUUUUGCUUGGAGUUCAAUGAUUUUGUACAACACUGCAAAACAGAUACACAAUAUAUGCCAAGGACGUUUGAAUUUGAAGAUAAAAUACUGCAUCCUUGUACUGUUUUUGGAGUAAUUUUGGGCUAUCCUGUCCUAUAUUGGUUGACUAAAGAAUCUGAAAUGAACUGCCUUUCGCAAAUCGAUUUAAGUGUAUAUUCUAGCGAGAUUGCUUUAGAAUCGUGGCAGGGCAAAAAUGAAGAUUUUGUGACAGUCUGUUCAUUUAGUUUUCCAGGAAAUUUAACAGCUUAUUGUGAAAAGUAUAUAGAAUCAUGGAGAAACAAUGUGACCACAAUUUCGCAGAAACAAACGAUGUUAGUUCAUAGAAUAAUGUGCAAACAAGUUAGACUACCAGUUGUAAUUUUGUAG